GGCCACCUCCCUGCAACACCCACUUUUUUCAAGUUUCCAGUUAAAAACUCUAAAGGCGGAAUUGGCCGAUCUUCUGUUCCACACAGAGUAGGAGAAACACUGCGGCCGCCGAGAUGUCAGAGAGAAGCGCCUUCGACACCAAUGUUAUUACUCUCACGCGUUUCGUGUUGGAGGAGGGUAGGAAAGCCAAGGGAACGGGAGAGUUAACAACCCUCCUCAAUUCUAUGUGCACGGCAAUCAAAGCUAUUUCUACUGCUGUCAGGAAGGCAGGCAUCGCUAAUCUCUAUGGCAUUGCAGGCAGUACCAAUGUAACUGGGGAUCAAGUGAAGAAGCUGGACGUCCUCUCCAAUGACUUGGUGAUCAACAUGAUCAAGUCCUCCUUCACCUCAUGUGUACUGGUGUCCGAGGAGAAUGAGCAAGCCAUAAUUGUGGAGCCCGACCAAAGGGGUAAAUACAUUGUUUGCUUUGAUCCUCUGGAUGGUUCUUCAAACAUAGACUGCCUCGCAUCUAUUGGGACAAUUUUUGCCAUCUACAGAAAGGUGACAGACGAUGAACCAAAUCAGAAGGAUGCUCUGCAGCCUGGCAGGAACAUUGUGGCUGCAGGCUAUGCCCUUUAUGGCAGUGCGACCAUGAUGGUGCUCUCAGCUGGUCAGGGGGUUAACUGCUUCAUGCUGGACCCAUCAAUAGGGGAGUUUAUUCUGGUGGACAGAAAUGUCAGGAUAAAGAAGAAGGGCAAGAUCUACAGUCUUAAUGAGGGAUAUGCCAAGUUUUUUGACCCUGCAGUCACAGAAUACUUGAAAAGGAAGAAAUUUCCAGAGGAUGGAAGCGAGCCCUAUGGGGGGAGGUAUGUGGGCUCCAUGGUAGCAGAUGUUCAUCGAACUCUUGUGUAUGGAGGCAUCUUCCUGUAUCCUGCUAAUGUCAAGAGCCCAAAGGGAAAGCUGAGGUUGCUUUAUGAGUGCAACCCCAUGGCGUACAUCAUGGAGCAAGCUGGUGGAAUGGCCACAACGGGGGCCUGUAAUGUGCUGGACAUCCAGCCGGAGUCCAUCCAUCAGAGGGUUCCUGUGGUGCUGGGCUCCCCCGAUGAUGUACAGGAGUACAUAUCCAUCUUCAAGAAGCAUGCCAAGUGAAUGCUGCUUAGCCAGACCAAAGACCCAAGCCUGGUUCUUCAAAAGCGGACGCUUUGAAAAAAUAGCGCCCAUGGACUUUCACAUAAUUUCCAUUUUUAUCUGGGAAAUAGUUUUAUUUCAUCUAAUAUGUGGACUAAAGAAUAUGGUGAAUAAAAUGUCUUUCAAGCUCCUGUUUCA